AUUUCCCAUUUUCCAUAUCACGUUAUCCAUUGAGUGGAUCGUUCCAACAGUUACGAUAUGGCCGCCGCCAGAGGUCCCGCCAAUUCUAUUUGUUCCGACCAGUGUACAGUUUAUAACAAUUUAUAAUAUAAAUUUUUGAAUAAAUGUAAUCCGCAUCGAGUCCAAACACGAUAAGAUGUAACUUUUGAACUUCCCGUCUGUAGAAUUGGCUUGUAAAGUUAUACGGCAACAUGAGUCACGAACUACGAGCCAUUGUGUGAACCGAAUUGAAAGUCGAAGCUGGUGGAAGCUGGUCAAAGCUCUUUCUCGUACGAGUGGUCGCCAUUUUGUUUUCAUCAGUCCUAUAGAAUUUGUAUUGCUCGGACAAGCACACGUAUGCACUCUCUCAUCUGCACCGAUCCGUACACACAUGGUUCACCUACAGGGGAAUGUAAUUUCUCAAAGCGAAUAUGGCUCGAGUCUGCAUAUAUGAACGUGCUGUCAACGCUGUUCUGGCAGAUGUUACAUUCUACGAUAAACUAAAUCAGUCUGUAAACGGAAUAAAGAUCAAAGAUGAGAUACGGGAUCAGCCGGACACCAACGAUUGCGACGCUUCGUUGGCAGUCGACAGAUCGUCCCCGGCGACCCGAAGUAAAUCGAGAGUAAUAGAAGAUCGAUAUUUACUUUCGACGAAUAAUAAGGAGAACGAGCGUGUAUCGUAUAAGAGAUAUGGGGACUCGAAAAACAAAGUAUCGAACGUUAACGAAAGAAAACGUAAAUGUUCUCUGGCGUCGGAGAAUUUAGGAGAGCAAGGGCUUCGAACUGCAAAUAAACGUCGAAAGUAUUCGCGGGGACGCGGACGCGGGGAUCAGUAUCGUGCACGCAAGAGGAAACCAAAGUACUCAGCGGAAUGCGACGUGUGCUUGGUACUAUUUACCAAUGAGAGUGAGCUGAAGAGUCAUAAGCUAGUGAACGGAAGAGGUUAUAGGUGUGCCUGUGAUAAAUGCAACGCGGUAUUCUCGUUGGAAUCAUCGUUAUUGCGGCACAAGUGUUUACCACCGCAACGUCCACAAGUUCGCGGUAGAAAAUAUUUUAUUUGUAACUUCUGCGACCGAAGAUUCUCGUAUAGGAAACCUUUACAGUCGCAUUUGUUUCACAUACACGGAAACCACAUUCUCCCUUCGGUGGACGAGGUCGUUGAAAACGUCGACAAUGGAACAAUAGAAGAUGCCGGCCAUCAUGUAACUAACGGUGACGCCGUUCGAGUUGUCGAAGACGUAUCGAAAGGAAACGUCGAGGAUCACGUAGCGAACAGUCCCACGAGAGACACGUUGAACAGUUCGAAUGGCUCACCGAGAAAAAAAUUGAGGCAGACGACUCUCACGGAAUUUCUUCCAUUCUUAACUAAGAAAGAAUGCGUUACCCCAGAAAAAGUUGGUUCCGCGGAGAAGACUGUUGUUAUUCCUACAGGAAAUGUGACAGAAGGUAUAAAUCUGUUAUCUCAAAAAGGGGUAAUAGACACACCGAUGGGAAACAAAAACUCGGGCUGCCUUGCUCGUAUAGAAACUGAUUCCUUUAUCGAUAUAAUACCGUUCGAUAAAAUAAAAAUUGAGCCGGAAGAUCCCUACGUUUCUACCCCUUCGCAGAACGCGUCGCGCAGGCUCAAGCAAAUGGUAAGCGGCGAUGGUAUCCAGUCGUCGGUUAAAUUGUACAAUGAAAUGCCUCUUGAACCAGUCGGUGAAAGAGGCUCGAUUAUUGUCACACGGAGAAAAAAACGGGAAAGUGCGCAGAUAUUGUGGGAACGAAAGCUGAAAGCGGAAUAUAAAUGUAAAGAGUGCGUGAUUCCGUUGGAGAGGUGCGAAUGGAUUCUGAAAGGCGAACAUUUAUUCAACGAAUCGGAACGUAGUAUGCUGGAAAGAAUCGCCUCGAUAAAAACGAAAGAGAACUCGAACGAAGAUCGGUUAACGAGUAGAAAUUAUCCGACGUUGAAAGCGUUGGAUGUCCCGCUGGUGAGAGUGAAUAAGGUUGUCAACGUCAAAACGAACGAAGACAAAGAGCGAAGGAGAAAGAGGAGACGUAAACGCGUAACGACGGAUAACGUUAAAGUUAAUAACGUAGCGAAUCGGUGUAGAAUUUGUAAAAUGUCAUUUUCUUCCAAGAAGAACAUGAGCGACCACAUGAAACUACAGCACACGAUUUACAUUUCGAGUAUAUGUAACGCCCGUUACACGUCCAAAUUCAAGUUGUGGCAUCACUAUUUAAUUCGGCACACGAAUUUCGCGAGUAAGAAAUGUCACGUUUGUCACGAGAAGCUGAAGACACGCGUGACGCUGAAGCGACACAUGGUCUUGCACUGCAUAAAAAGUAUACGAUCGAGACACGACCGUCUGCCGAUAAAUCGCGAGGCGAGGUGCAACGCGGUUAGGAAAUUGUAUCAGUGCAGAGGUUGCGGUAAACGAUAUUGGUGGAAGUCGUGUUUGGAUCAGCAUCGCAGGGUGUGCUCCCGGAUGAACGCGAAUAAAAACACGAGGAAGAAAGAGGAAGCCUCUUGCGGGAACAGUAUUAAUUCUCGUUUGGGAAACGAGGAAACGACGGCUGUCGCGAUUACCAGCGACAGCGGGGCGAAUAAUUCUUUGACGGAAUAUUCGGGCAACGCGUCGUUUAAUACUUCUUCUGGUACUCGUUUUGUGUCCGCGUUACCGCAUCCGGAUCGGUCGCAGUCGCAAUCGCCGACAGUAAAUCGCAAAAGGCUGAUCAAUAGCAUCGUAUGCGUGAAAGGUUACCAAAUCGACGUGAGCGGAUUGGACAAAACGAAAUUUCCCUGCGUCAUUUGCAAUCGACAAUUUCAAACGUUCCAGAACUUGUGUUUACACGAGCGUACAUACUGCAAGCCCGCCGACAGUCCUUGCACGGUCUGCGGUACCGCGUUCACUACAAAGAGACUCUUGCAACGUCACGUGAUCGACACUCACGCGGCCACGUCAUCGCAAACCUACAAGUAUUUUUGCAAGUAUUGCAACCAGGGUUUCAUUAAAAAACCAAACCUCCACGUUCACGAGCGUCACUUUCACAGCAGCGAGCAAGCCGUCACGACGUCGAGACCGUGUCAGAGCAACGAAAGUAACCUGAGCGUGAACACGGUGUGCUCCGUCUGUAACUUGGUGUUCGAGUCUUACGAGCGUUUCGUCGAGCACAACAUGUACUAUUACAAGGGGCAAGUAUUCACGUGUAUGUUUUGCAGUCAGACGUUCGACGGGCUGUACAUGCUUCACCAUCACAGCAAGUUGAUACAUUACACGGAGGCGACACGUACCUCGUACGCUUACAUGUGCGACGUAUGCAACGAGGGAUUCUCCCAAGAAUCGCAUUUCCACGCGCACAAGUUCCACGUGCAUUUGAGGGAUGCGCCCGCUGACACCGGCGACCAACUAACGAUACAGGACCACAAUUACGCGUUGAAAUUGAACAAUCACGACAAGCAGAUGAAGAUACCGCUGAUGCCGUACACUUGCGACGUGUGCACCUUGAGCUUCACCAACGAGACCGAUCUACGGACGCACGAGAUGGAAUACUCUCUCGACGGUGACUUCCAGUGUAGCAAGUGCGAGAGGAAGUGCAGCAGCUACGCCAUUCUUAGCAAGCAUCAAAGUUUGAACCACAGCGAUUGCGAGGCGAGCAAGUGUUACAGGUGCCGGUUCUGCGGGGAGGUGUUGACGACGAGCAAAUCGAUCGUGUGCCACGAGAGACACUUUCACGCGACCGGCUGCGCUUCGCGGAGUUCCUCUUCGAAGAACGGGAGCCAGCUGUCCGUCGGCAAGGUUCACGACGAUUCUCACGACGCGAGGGAUCGCUUCACGUGCGUGACUUGCGGCACGAGGUUCGACAAAGAGACCGAGCUAAAGGAUCACUUGUUGGAAUACUCCGACAUCGGUGGGUAUUCGUGCGACGUUUGUCGUAGAAAGUUCGGGGACUUGCAUCGUUUGGAGAAGCACCGAAUGAAACACGCGAGAAUGAACGCUGUGUUGUCCGAGCAUCACUGUCCUAUAUGCCACGAGGAAUUUACUAGCGCUGCGAAUGUUCGGAUGCACAUAUUACACUUGCACGGGUACGAAACGUUUUCAGCCGUGCCUACCGAACGACCGAUCGGCACUCGAACGAACAGCGAUACGACGACGAACGUGGUUGUAAACGUCGAAACUGGACCUGCCAGUUCGUUAAACGGUUCUAUUUCCUCUUCUACCGAUCAACCGCAGCAACGUCUCUUGAGAUGUCCGGAGUGCUAUAUAACGUUCGACACCGAAAUUAAUUUACGGAAACAUAGGUUGCAGUUCCUCGAUACCGGCAACUACAUAUGCGAGUAUUGCGGUCGUAAAUUUCCUAGGCUGAAGCUGCUCAGAGCGCAUGUAAAUAAACACAGCGCCAACGUCGAGGAUCAAGCCCGCUACUUGAAGCACGAAUGCCUCUAUUGCGACGAAAAGUUUCGACAUCUGGCGUCCCAGUAUUCGCAUAUCGUGCAUCUACACGGGGAUAAGUUGAACGGUAAGAACAAAAAGGAUCUACCGUUCGCUGAUACCAACCUGGACUUGAACGCUAUAAUGAACGACCUCGACCACGACCUACUCGACGAUAUCGAAGACGACCGCUGUUCCGAAAAUGCCCCGCUGGAAGUUGUCGACGGAGCCGUCGAACAACCGGUUGCAGCGAAUCCCGUGAACGAAUCGAACGGCGAACAGGAAGUAUCGUCUUCGACGGUAGUCAAUGCUGCCGAUGAAGAAUGUAUCUCUCGAGGGGACGCGACCGACUCAAAGAAUCUUUAUACCUGUCCUAUAUGUAGUUUAACAUUCACGGCGUCGAAUAGAUUCAAAUUACAUUUUAAGUUUACCCAUUGCGACUCGACUUUCGCCGAAGAACGGGUGUUUAUGGAACGCGCCCGCAAAGUACAAGCAACCCUUUCCUCGACUGGUCACGAAAUGCCAAAAGACUUUAACGUAGACGUAGACGAUUCCGACGUGGUAGAAAUCAUUUUCGAAAAGAAGGCGCGCAAUGGAAAAUGCCAUCCAAAGAUUCCAGUGUCCGAUAAAGAUAAUUCCUACAUCCAGGUGUCUCGCGACUGUUACUUAAGAUCCACGAUCAAACAUAUCGGAAGUUCGCCCGUAGCGAAUGCAGCCGCGGUAACCGGGAAUCUUUCGAAACUGAAAGUGAAGUCGUUCGCGAAAUUUAAUUAAACGGCAGUCUGUGGGACGCUUUACGGCAAUACUCCGGUGUCAAACGCUUCAAGCGGCUAAAGUAUCAGAAAUUACCUGUUGCGACUGGAUAGUCGUUGCUCCGUGUUACGCGCAGUGUCGGGAGAAAAUUGAUCAAGAAAAUUUGUAUAAUUCGAAGUGGUGUCUGUCGAGAACGAUUGCCACGUUUCCAAAUCGAGCUUUAAUUACAUUUCUUACUCCGUAAUUACUAGAAUCGAUCUUGUUAAUCAUCGAAUUCGAUUGAUACAUUUAAUGUCGAUUACCGUUGAUCCAAGUAUCGCUAUUCGACUAGGAUUGCAUUAUCGAAGGUGGCGUUUUCCUUUGUACUGUUUUUUACCCUUUAAAUAUUAUUAAAGUUACGAUAGAUUUUACUUAUUUAUAGGCUUGGAAACAUUUCUGUUGGCACGGCUAUUAACGUGCCAGCGACUUGGUAUCGUAGAAUAAAUUGCGGUCGUUGAAAUUUCAUUUCCCCUUGUUUUGGUAGUAUUUUAUUAUCACGAUUAAGGUGUAUACUCGAUAAUUGAAAGUCGACGAAGAGUCUGUACUCGCGACCGCAGAUUCUGUAAACUUUUUGUUUCGUCGAUCGAAAUUUCAUUGUCGCAUUGCGUUGCGUUCCCUUAUUGUUUUGAUAUUGAUUCGAAAAUACUACCAAAACAAGCGAAUGAAUUUUCCGUGAACACGGAGCAUUAUUAAAGAUUCUAAUUAGAUUUUAACCGAAUAUUUUCGACGAUACAUGAGCGUCGUCGAACGCUGAUGUCAUGGGUAGAAAUCUGUGGUAUUUAAUGUGGCAUUAAAUGUGGCAUUAAAUGUGUGUAUCGUGAUGGAGAUGGUACCAAAACCAUUACGAAUAACAGUUCUGUAGUGCAAUCCUAUGGUACAGCUGUUCGGAGGAGAGUUGCAUCUCUGCAAAAUUGAACACAUCGAGACAGUAGUCGGAUGUAAUUUUUCUAUGAUCACUUAUUUUGAUAAUAUUAAUUGCAAUACAAAAAUAAACGUGAAGUGUAAUUUGUGGGGAUUCUUUAUUUAGUAGCAACUGAUCGCGUACUGUACAUAUGUAGAAUCUCGAUGAUUCCAAGUAGCGAGUUUUAAAUAAUUUUAUCGGCAAGAAGUAGAGACCAAGUGUGUGGAAUUACGUAAAAGAGUUGCUGGACCGUGGCGCUAUAACCUUAAAACGGUAACAAUUACCGUCAGACAUGUAUCGAUGUUAUAACUCUGGCGUACAUUCGAACUGUGUAAACUUGCCAUUCCAUCACGUUCGUCGUUGUCUAUGAGCAGUCAAUUCGAGUUGGAUUAGUUCCGAGAAUGAAUCAUUUACCUAUGACGAGUGAUAACAAGCAUGUCCUCUUAGACGAAGUGGUACAUCUGAGAACAAAAUCAAGGAACAGUUGAGAAAUGAAAGUUGUAAGCAAUUAAACGAAAUAUCUUAUUCUCGUAAACUUUACAAUAACAACGAUAAUAGAAGUCCUAUUAUUUUCACUUUUCGAAAGUGUUCACGAGUUUCCAAGACUGUCGGGUGUUGAAACUGUUCCGUGAAAAAUGUCUAAUUGGCCGUGUCCAAAUUGACUGUCGCGCGACAAAAUUAGUCGUAGCCGAGCCGCGGGAAGAGUGGGGGCAAGGUGUAGGUUCUAUUCGCGCUAACUUCUCGAGACGCUUUUGUCGAUUAGAUAGGAUAGAAAAUCGUCUUCCUUUUUUCCCUUCUAUCAUUGUACGACCGAUUGACGGACGCCAUUAAAUCUAAUCGACGAAAGCGUCUCGAGAAGUUAGCGCGAAUAGAACCUACACUCCCCACUCUUGCUCAACUACGACUGAUUUUGUCGCGCGACAGUCAAUUACGAAAUAGGGUGAGGCCGAUAUCGCACACGGGCGCAACUGAUCAGUUUCAAACCACUCUGAAACUAGCUGCAUGCGACCGUGGUGGAUUUAGGUAAAACAAAGAGCGCAAACGGUUUGCAACGCUAAUUUCAAAUCGGUAGCGCUCGUGUGCGUUCGGUCUAAGGAGACAGAACUUGUCAGGCUGGUUGAUCGUUGCGUUAUCGGGGCCUGUUAAGCUAACGCGAAUUGAUUUUCGAUUAGCGAAGGUAGCAAGCACGAUUGCUAUAUCGUUUUAUAAAUUACAAAUCCCAGCCAGCCUUUGAACGGGUCUCCCUGUUACGAAAUGAUGCGAUAUCAAUAUUGCGGUGUACACUAUCGGAUACCUAUGCAACAUUCGACAAAGCAUUCUAACCGGGCUGACAUUAUUACGAUAACAUAUAUGUACGUAUCUACCUACGUGUUUCGAUAACGUGACACGCGACGCGACGCGAUGCGACGCAGUGUAAUAUUAUUGGUGGCCCAUGAUAUGCUUUUGUUAUCGUCCUGUUCUCUCUCCGUCCACGCUGUUUUCAUCUCGGACCAAAUGAAUCUCGUGCGUGCAUACCGUACUUUUCGAAAUCAAAAGUUCACGAGUAUUACGGACGUAUGUGUAGAUAUACGUAUCGAUUUAUUAUGGACGUGCGCGAGAACAGUGAGACCGCACUUUAACGAAGCUUUCCGACAAUAUUUUUGAACGUGAUUAUCUCGAAACGAUUUAAUUAAUAAUUAUAUCAUUUUGUGACAAUUCUGUUAUACGAUCCGCUGUAUACUCGAAGGUUAUCGAAUACAGAUCGACAGUUUCGACUCAACCAUAUAAAUUGUAUCAAUCGA